UUUCCCUCAUUUCAUCUCAUCCAAGACUAAUAAAUAAAGUAUUUGUGAUAACUCAAAAAAUGGGCUCAUUGAUAGGGCACGUAAUACCAGGUUUUGGUUUCUUUCUUAUUGGUAUUUGGCAUUUGCUCAACCACAUAAAAUUACAUGCUCUGCACCCAAAAUCCUACACUUCUUUGCUAUGGUUCCCAGCACCAAAAAGCAGGUACGCCGAGCUUUUCUUCAUUAUGGGCGGCACCUUAGCCUCCAUAUCAAUGGAACUCUUCAUUGGUCCAUCAAAACACCAACCUCUAGACUCCGAUGGAACCAUUCCUUCUUAUCAUCUCCAUAAUUUUGAACAUGCAAAUAUAUCCCUUACUUUCUUUGUCUAUGCAGUCUUUUCAAUAAUAUUUGACAAAAUCAAUAUCCCUUCAACCACAGCCAAAUAUGGACUCACACAAUUUCUUGCAAUUGUUGCUUUUGGCCAAGAACUUCUUCUCUUCCAUCUUCACUCUACUGACCAUACAGGUCUUGAAGGACAAUACCAUUGGCUUCUCCAAAUUGUCAUUUUUGCAUGUUUAGCCACUACCCUUUUGAGCAUUCCUUUCCCUAAGAGUUUCUUGAACAGUUUUGUGAGAUCUUAUAGUAUUAUGUUUCAAGGAAUUUGGAUGAUGGUCAUAGGUAUUAUGCUUUGGACUCCAGAUUUUAUCCCAAAAGGUUGUUUUUUGAACUAUGAAGAUGGUCAUAAAGUGGUUAGAUGCCAUAAUAAUGAAGCCCUAGAAAGAGCAAAGUCAUUAGUAAAUAUCCAAUUCAGUUGGUAUUUAGUUGGGAUCACAGUUUUUACCGUCUCUCUUUAUUUGGUUUUGGUCAAGAUUUUUCAAGAAAAUGUUGAGUACCUGUCUUUAAUAAACAAAUUUGAGGACGAGGAUUUCGAGGAUGUUGAAGCUCAGAAGAGAAAACUUGGAAGUCAAGGUGAGCCAAAGAUGUUUCUUGAAAUGGGAAAGCAAGAAAAUAAUUAGAGGGAAUGAGAAAAAUAAAAUUGUAUAAAAACGUAUAAAAACGUUGUAUUUUACUAUUUUGAUUUCUGUGGUUUGAUGAGAAUAAUAUUGGUCGUUGGGAGGAUUUGAUUAAUAAAUCUUGUUCAAUAUUGUAAUGUAGUACUUGUUGGAAAAACUAGGUUUCUUCUCAAAAGGGAUCGUCUCUAAUUUUCCUCUUUAUUGUAUACUCCUAUAAAUAAAAGAAGAGUUAAACA